AUGUGUCUAGGAGUAGGGCGUUUAGAAGUGGGAAUCGUUUUGGUGGUGGAAGGUUCAAAGGUGGUGGAAAGAUCAAAUGCUGAUUACUAUCCAUGUGUGACUGAAUGUGCUUACUUACAAGAAAAUGGUUUCGGUAAAAAAAUUGUCGAAUUUAAAUUGAAUUGGUCAACGACUAGAAUCCAAAGAUAUAUUUGUGAAAUUUAUUCAAGAGUGCAAUUAGAAUCGGUUGGAUUUCGUUUUGGAAAAUGCGCUAGAGACCAAAGAAUAGCAUUGUUAGCAGUGGAUACAUUAGAAGAAUUACUGAAUGAAGUGCCUAGAGGAACAAUUAUUAUUAUACCAAAUAGAGAUUUAUCUUGUUCUGACUAUACAAUAACGGACGAUGCGAGUGUUGAUAUGUUAUACGAAAACUCAUCAAUAGAAGAAUUGAGACAUAACCGACACAGUAGACGUAUCAGAAGGCAAACACAAUUAAACUCUAGAUAAGAAUCAAGCAACAAUGAAUCAAUGAUAAUCAACAAUGAUAAUCAAGAUAUGCAGGAUCACAUUAUGAUAAAUAGACAAAUUAUCAGAAGAGAAUCUGUAGA